CCCCCCCCCCCCCCCCCCCCAAAACAUAACCUACCGAGGGGUCCAACUUCACUUCGUCUCUCUCACUCCUUCUCCUCUGCUCAUCAACCCACAUCCUUCCUUCAUACCGUAUAUACGUCGUCAUGGCGCAGAUUCGUGGCACUGCCGGGUACAAUCUCGGCCACCAGAAUCCCUUUGGCGGUCCGGGUCGAGCGGAAGCGACCAGCGACCCCAGUCCCUUGGACGCCAUCCGCGAGCAGACCAGCAAGAUUGAGGAUUGGCUCGACACCAUGGCCGAUCCAGUCAAGCCUUAUCUCCCAGCCAUUGGUCGAUUUUUGAUCGUGGUCACCUUCCUCGAGGACAGUCUCCGCAUGAUCACGCAAUGGAACGAUCAACUCCUGUACCUGCGUGACUACCGGAAAAUACCAUGGGGAAUCACGCAUACUUUCCUCCUCGUCAACAUGAUCGCCAUGUCCGUUUGUUCCGUUCUGGUCAUUGCCCGCAAGCACACCGAGUUUGCGGUCGCCGGUUUGCUGGGGGUGGUUGUCACCCAGGGUCUCGGGUACGGAUUGAUUUUCGACCUCAACUUCUUCCUUCGCAACUUGAGCGUGAUCGGUGGCUUGCUGAUGGUGCUGUCCGACUCGUGGGUGCGCAAGAAGUUCGUUCCUGCUGGCCUGCCCCAGCUCGAUGAGAAGGACCGCAAGAUGUACGUGCAGUUCGCUGGUCGCGUGCUCCUGAUCUUCCUCUUCAUCGGUUUCGUCUUCUCUGGCCAGUGGAGCAUGUGGCGCGUGCUGGUCAGUUUGUUCGGCUUCGUUGCAUGUGUGAUGGUCAUCGUUGGCUUCAAGGCCAAGUGGAGCGCGAUUAUCCUGGUUGUGCUACUGAGCGUCUUCAACGUGCUGGUCAACAACUUCUGGACUCUCCACCCCCACCACCCUCACAAGGACUUCGCCAAGUACGACUUCUUCCAGAUCCUGUCUAUUGUUGGCGGACUCUUGCUUCUGGUCAACAUGGGCCCCGGUCAGCUGAGCAUGGAUGAGAAGAAGAAGGUCUAUUAAACGACGGACAACGAAUCCCCGACGACGUCGAUGCUUGGCUGCCGUUCGAAUACGACCAUGUGUAUGUGUCUGUGUGUGUGUGUGUGCUUGUAUGACGCGAGGGCUCUCCCAGGUCUUGGAGACCGCCCUUAGCUAUACGAAUUACUUUUUCUCUCUCUCCCAAUAGCUUCUUCCUCGGUUGUUCUUGGAAAAGAAACUCCUUGUCUCUAUCUUACUCCACCCUUGAAUACCCCUACUACCAUCACCAGUCAAGGGACGGACUAUCUUCAGAAUCAUCAAACAAAACAGAAAAAGAGAACUCAGUUCAGUGUGCA